UCCAUCAAAUCGAGCAAAAAGCGCGCCAGAAAGUUAGUUGUUGCCUUCAUCGGUAGAAGAAGCGUACACGGUGCAGUCGUUUGUUGAACGAUUCACGUCGGUUGUUUUUGGAUUUUAGCUUUGUUGCUGACUCUUGCCGUUGCAAACAUGCCUGGUGGAAAAGCUGGAAAGGACUCCAAGGCCAAGGCUAAGGCGAUCUCUCAGUCAGCGAGAGCUGGGCUUCAAUUCCCUGUCGGACGUAUUCAUCGUCAUUUGAAAAGCCGAACGACUAGCCAUGGCCGUGUGGGAGCAACUGCUGCCGUGUACAGCGCAGCUAUCCUCGAGUACCUCACUGCUGAGGUUUUGGAAUUGGCAGGUAACGCCUCCAAGGAUCUGAAAGUGAAGCGUAUCACACCACGCCACUUGCAGCUGGCUAUUCGUGGAGAUGAAGAGCUCGAUAGUCUCAUCAAGGCCACGAUUGCCGGUGGUGGAGUCAUUCCUCACAUCCACAAGAGCUUAAUGGCCAAGAAGGGAACCACAGGCAAGGCCCAGUAGACGUAGCACACGAGCGUUAUCGUACCCUACUACUGUUGUGGUGCCCUGUGUGUGUGUGUGUGAGCGUGUCCCACUAACCGUGCACGAUCUCUGGUUAUAUCAGCCUCUCGCUACUCCCUUCGUCAGCUCGGCUAUUCUUCACCAUUUCACUGAGGCAGUCAUCCAUACUGCAAUGCACAGCUUUGCCGCUUGAUCAAUUCUGUGGCCAUCACCUUUUCACCAACCCACUUGUUUGAACAUACUAGUUAUACAACGUUUUGCAUCAUUUCUAGGACUAUACAUCGCUAUUUGUUGCAUGCUACAUCUUCUUUGCCUGUUAAAGUCAUAGUUCUCCCCAUGUAACACCUCCGGUAUGUCUGGUUAAGCUGGGGUUUAUACCCAUAUUCAUGAAAAAGACUUAUGAACUAUCAAAAUGAUUUGUUUAGGUGGGACGCAUGCCAUGGUGGCAAUCAUAAUUUUGCAUAUCUAUGAUUGAGUAGGCCCUAUAAAUAUUCAUGUACUAGCGUGAA